GUAGAAUUGCAGCAACUUCGUCAAGCAUAUAACCGUUUAGUUACUCAAAUGAACAACAUUUUUAUACAAAAACUUUGGUUUGUUAUGCUAGAACAGUUUUUCAUGAAGUACGUCUGGUCUGGGACGGGAAUGAUAAUGGUUUCGUUGCCGAUUUUGAUGUCCGGCACAUCAUUACAGAAAAAAAAUGUCAACGAUCCAAUAUCUAGAGAUGUAUUGAACUCAAGCGUUAGUGAGCGAACACAAUAUCUAACUACUGCACGAAAUUUACUUAUAUCUGCGGCCGAUGCCAUUGAGCGGCUGAUGUCAUCAUAUAAAGAAAUUGUCGCAUUGGCUGGGUAUACUUAUCGUGUUGCUGGAAUGAUGCAAGUAUUUGAAGAGACUGCUCAAGGAGUUUAUCAUAAAAAUAUGAUCGUUGAAAACAAUGAAAUGAAUGGCAUUAUUGAGUUCAAAGACGGUAAGCCAAUUGCCAAGGGCCGCAUUAUCUACACAGAUACGCCUAAUGAUAUGACCAUCACAUUACGAGCUAUUCCUGUAGUCACACCUAAUUGUGAUAUUGUCGUGUCAAGUCUGACUCUUUGUAUUGAGCAAGGAAUGCAUCUCCUUAUUACUGGUCCCAAUGGCUGUGGUAAGUCCAGUCUAUUCCGUAUAUUAAGUGGUCUGUGGCCCAUUUAUGCUGGUGAACUGCACAUACCUCGUCCUGUAGAGGAUAAACCAUGUAUGUUUUACAUCCCCCAACGUCCAUAUAUGUCAACGGGAAGUCUUUGUGACCAGAUUAUUUACCCAGACAGUCGAGAAGAUAUGUUACGCAAAGGUUUUACAGAGAAUCAGCUCAGAGGCAUUUUAAAAAUGGUCUGUUUAGAACAUAUUGCACAGCGUGAUGGUUUUAAUGCCGUACGAGAUUGGAAAGAUAUACUCUCUGGGGGAGAAAAACAGCGCAUGGCAAUAGCACGGCUUUUUUAUCACAGCUACUGAAAAAUAAAACCUCGCAGUUCCUUUGCAUUUAGGUGAAAUUGGCAGCCUAUAAUAUGCAUAACGGUGUUGUACAAACCUGCUAUC